AUGGCAUUUCGUCUGCAAGUGCUGUCGUCAUCACCAUCCUUCACACACACGCUCAAAUAUCCUCUAGCUCUCUUGAAAAACACCAUCAGAGCAUCUUUGCCCCAAAACACCCCAAUAUUCCCCAAAUUUUCACAUUUGCCCCAAUGGGUUUCUUCUUCUUCUGUUGUUGCGGCGCCCAAAUACUUGAAUCUCUUGCUCUCGGGUUCGCUCGCUCUUGCUCUCUCUUUCUCUGGGGUGGGUUCUGCUGAGGGAAAGGCUGGGGUGAACAAACCAGAAUUACUACCUAAAGAGUUUACUACAGUGAUUGAUGUUGCUGGGUUCUUGUCUGAUGGCCAGGAAAAGAGGAUUGCACAAGAGAUUGAUGAGCUCGAAAAGGACACGGGAUACAAGUUACGAGUUUUGGCUCAAAAUUAUCCCGACACGCCCGGGUUAGCAAUCAAGGAUUUUUGGAAUGUGGAUGAUAGUACUAUUGUAUUUGUUGCUGACCCCACGUUCGGAAAUAUAAUUAAUUUCAAUGUUGGGGCCUCGGUCGAUUUGGACAUACCACGCAGCUUCUGGAGCCGAUUAGCAGGAAAAUAUGGGAACAUAUUUUACUGGAAAGAAAAGGGAGAAGACGCGUCUAUUGAAGCUGCUGUGAUGGCCGUAUCGACAUGUUUACGAGAGCCUGUGGGUACAAAUAAUUGCUCAGAGGUUAAGUAA